UUUAGCAAUAGAAUGUGCUGGAGAGCGUGUGGAGGGGCGUCGAUCUGCGACAGCAGGGAGGAACCGGGCCAGCAGAGGAACUGCAAAGGGCGAGCGGUUAAAGAGGGAAGUAACGAAGGGAAUGACGGAGUAACCUGAUGGUGACUUACGGUCUGUGGGCAGAGGUAAGCAGAGGAGAGUACAUGGGGGUCCAACAGUCGGUGUGAUGUGGUGGUUUUCCAGAUGGGGAAGUUCCAGCAGGUGAUUGAGGGCGGACAGGCAGCAGCUGAGUGGCAGGCGUGACGCACCCAGGUGCAAGGCCCAACGGAGCAGCUAGGAUCAGAUACUUCAGGGCCACAGGAAAUCGUGAUGUUUAAUAGAUGCCCCCUUCGGAGGUUGUUGGAGUCCUCGCAAUCAUAGACCUGACAUCAAGCGAACGGUUUUCAUCAUGGCAACGAGCUACCUUCAGCCUGUCCUUCUUGAGCCCUCCUGUGGAGGGUGUAAUAACUGAGGGAGGGGUAGUGAGUCUGAGAAAAGCCUCCACCUGCAGAUGAAAUUCAUUCUAACCAUGUAGUGUUCCUUUCUCCAAAGAGGGGGGAGGGUGUAAGCUGGAUUGUGAUUGCUUUUUUUUUUUUACUCGUUUCUGUUCAUGUAAUCACUGGGACAGACUUGUUGCUCGAUUGCUGAGUGUAUGUGGGUGUGGGCAGAGAGCGUGAAGUGAGGAGAAAGUGAAAGAGAGGAAAAAAAGAGUGAACGAACAGAGAAAGAAGGGAAGAGAUGGUCCUCCACACCACCCCUUACUCCAGUGCCUGUUUGCACUUCCUGGAUGGGCUGUCGUGGAGCCUGGUGUUCCCCUGCUACUGGCUCCUGGACCGGCUCCUGGCCUCCUGCGUGGCCACUUCCCUGGAGAAGCGCCAGCGAUCCCAAGACCCCUGCUCCUUCCUCACCCUGUGUGUCCUGAUUGCUGCACCCCUUUAUCUGCUGCUCCUCCUCGCAUCCCUGCCCUUUGCUCUGCUGGGCUUCAUCAUUUGGGCUCCCCUGCAGGCUGUUCGCCAGCCAUACCUGUACACAUAUCGAAGACCAGACAAGAACCAGGCAGAGCAAGGUCAAGCAGGUGGCGCUGGGACAGGAGAAUGGAGGCCACAAGGCAGAAGCUUCUGUUUCUGCAGUGCCAAUGUUUGUCUCCUCCCAGACUCCCUGGCCCGGUUCAAUAACUUAUCAGACACCCAGAGAAGAGCACGCGAGCUGGGCAAGAGAAUCCGCAAUGGUGCGAGUCGGCCCCAGAUUAAAAUAUACAUCGACUCGCCAACCAACACAUCCAUCAGUGCAGCGUCCUUCAGCAGUCUUGUCACUGGUUUCCGCCGCACGUCCUCUCUGGACCAGCGUCCAGAACAAGUCCACACCACCAAUGGCCCAGCUGAAACUGAAAUAGAGCCUGUCACAGAGUGCCCUGUUCACCCCUCGGAUACCACCGACUGCCGUGUUCACCCACCUUCAGAAGACCAGAGUUUUACCAAUUGCCCCAUUCACCAUGAUGGAUCAGAAAACACAGCAGAUUGCCCCCUCCAUCUGGCUGGAACUACCAACAGCUCAGACUGUCCUAUCCACCCCUCGAGCGAUGCCACUGACUGCCCAAUGCAUUCAGCAGAAGGUCAGAAUGACUCUGGCCAUCACGACUGCCCCAUGCACGGGGAGGUAGCACAGAAAAAGCCCUCCACAGAGUGUCCGCUUCACACCUCAGGGGUUCAGAUCAGCAUCAGUGCCCCAGAACCGGACCCCCAGGAGGAGGAGGCUGAGACUGGAAACCAUCGAGAUCUGGCAGGAGUAGACACAGGCAGCAUGACUGCCUCUCGCGAAUCCCUCACUCGUUACCAUGGAGGCGACACAGCAGUAGGGAUAUCCUCCAAUAACACCCUCUCUCACGUACCACGCACAUCCAUCUUCAAGAGACCUGGAAGGAAACGUCGCCAUGGAGAUGAAACGUUUGACCAUGAGAUCUCUGCCUUUUUCCCUGCCAACUUGGAUUUUCUAGCUCUACAGGAAGUUUUUGACCACGGGGCAACAACGAGACUUCGACGUCAGCUUCAUCGCUACUUCCCCUAUGUGCUGAGCGACGUUGGUCGCUACGGAUGGAAAGGCUGCUGUUCCAGGUUUAAGUUUUUGAACAGUGGUCUGUUGCUAGCCAGUCGCUACCCUAUCCUGGAUGCUCGAUAUGAGUGCUACCCCAACGGGAGAGGAGAGGACGCACUGGCAGCCAAGGGGGCGCUGUUUGCUAAGGUUCACGUGGGCACCUCCCAUCAGGAGCAGAGGGUGGUGGGAUACCUUACCUGCACGCACCUCCACGCCAUAGAAGGCGAUUCGUCGGUCCGCUGCGAGCAGCUGGACCUCCUCCUCCAGUGGGGGGCCGAGUUUCGCCAGUCCUCAUCCCAGUCCCCUGAAGGCGAGAAGGUGCUGGAGGACCUGGUGGCCUUCGAUGUCAUCUUGGGAGACCUCAACUUUGAUAACUGCUCUUCAGAAGACAAACUGGAGCAGCAGCACACACUUUUUUCUCAGUACAAGGACCCAUGUCGCCUGGGGCCAGGGGAGGACAAACCGUGGGCUCUGGGGACUCUGCUGGAUCCCAGUGGCCUUUAUGACGAUGACGUCAGUUCACCUGAAAGUUUACAAAAAGUGAUGGAGAACGAAGAGGGGAGGAAGGAAUACCUGGUGUUCCCUCCCAGUAAGAACCAGUGUCCUGCCACCAGUCAGAAGGGCCGGAAAAUCCCACUGAAGGGCAAUGGACGCCGGAUCGACUACAUCCUCUACAGUGAUGAAGGCAUUCAGCAGGACUGGAAAAUGGACAUCGAAGAGUUCAGCUUCAUCACUCAGCUGGCCGGCCUCACCGACCACCUUUCUGUGGCCAUGAGACUGGCUGUUUCCACCGGGGAAGAGGAGCCUUAGAUCCACCGCCUGACAUUUAUAUCCUUUAAAUUUUACUGCCAUGGAGGAACAAUUAGGAAUAAACUCGGGAAGUUCCGAGUUUACAGAUAUGGAGCAGCGUGAGGGAAGAUUGAAGGGACGGCGAGUGGAUGAGUAAAUCUGUGGAAGAGUGGACAUUUAAGAAGAAGGACGAGAGAGAAAAUUCAAAGGAGAGAUGUAAGCUGGGGGAAUUCAUAUUAGGAAGUCAGAAUUUUUUUUUAUCUUCCUGGGUAAAUUACCCACAGAUUCACACUGAACACUGCGACUUUGAGACUGUUGGUUUUUCCUCCGACCCUCCCUGCUGAACUAAGCCUGGAGGGUUUUGUUUCAAGUGAAGUGUUUCAUGUAGCCAAUUCACACACUCAUUUUAUCGGAUCUGUUUUAGGACGUAGUUUCCAGUAUAGUUCUUUUAUUUUUAUGACUCUACCUUCAGGAGCAGCUGGAUGCUCAUUGUUGAGUGCGCGAAAGAACAUGAAACUGAAGUGAAGCUGCUGACCGGCCUUUACAAUGACCAUCUGUGAUCUUGUGUUGUGCUCCUUCCCUAAAAGUUACCGGUCGGUUUUGCUGUCAGUCGUUCACCACGCUGACCCCUUCACGUCAUUCCCAAAACCUCAACAAGUGUCUUUUUUUCUUACAAACAAAUCUUACUAAAAUGAGAAGAAGAAAAAAAAGAGUUUCUAUUAUAGACACUCCACUUUUUAUAAAACUUACAAUGCCUGUUUAAUAUGAAUUGACAUGUUUCUAAGGGAAGGAAGAGGUUGGAUGCAAUGUGAUGCUUUUAGCAUGUUUCUCAGAUAUUAUCGGUAUGAAUUUGAAGAGCAUUUUGUAGAUAAAGCUCCAGUGAUGCAUGAAGGUAAAACGGUUUACCGCACUGUUAUAGCAGCUCGAUUCACGCUGACUUGAGAUUGGAUGCCUCAGUGAGCAUUUACCCUGAAACACGCACUCGGAUUUAUGUUUGUGCAUGUUCAAAACACAGAAAGGUGUGCACAGGAACAGGAGGAUUUAAACAGCAAAAGCACACAGCUACACUUUGCGUAAAAGAAAACAAAUUGUAGGAAACUCUAAUAAUAAUCAUUAUCAUCAUCUUCAUCAUGUGACUGUCCCAAAUAGAUAAUAUCAGGGUGUGUCGUUAUAAACCUGUGGAGGUACCACGCUUUGAAAAUUAAUCGCCUUCUCCCAGACAGAAUCUGUUGAUUAUUUGUCUCUUAAAUUUGUCAGUUCAUUAACCAGACGAAGUAGUAAACACACAAAACAAUUUUCAAAUAAUGAUUUUAUUCAUAAGGAAUAAUGCUAUUCCAAACAACCUGCAUGUGAGAAAACAAUAUUAUCUCCAAAACUUAAUAACUGGUUGUGACUCCCUGGGUGGCAGUAAUAAUGCUUCCCUCAAGCGUUGGAGGGAAGUGAAAAAAGUCCCUUAAAUCAAUGUGGGGGAGUUCGGGUCCACUCUUCUUUACAGAAUUAGUUUGAUUCAGCCACAUUAGGGUCAUCUCUCAGAUUCUCAAUCAGAUUAAAGCCCAGACUUUGACUCGGUCAGGGGGGGCAGUAAAAAGAACCACUGCACUGUGAGGGGGAAAGGUGUAAGCAGUGCAUACACAGACAUGAUUAACAGCAUUAAGAUCCUCCUUCUUGCUCUGAUUGGUUAGUUGUGACCCGGGUGCGGUCCGUUUCUGCAAAUGGCAGUAGCAUCAUUGGGAGAAAGAAGAGGAGUUUUUUUUCCCACAGAUUAUUUCUGUCAUGUUGUCCUGUCAGGCCAUAGUGACAGUUUUAACAAAUAUGUAAAAAAUAUAUAUUUUUACAAAAGUUACCCACUGCAGCUGUGAUUAAAUCAGGUUGUCUUUGUCUGAUUUCAACUUUUGCCUGAUGACUUAGUGUGCCAAAUAAAGCAAAACUAGAGGAAACCUGAGAGGAAAAACACUUUUUGCAGCAUUGUAUGUUUUGAUCAUUUGUUAUGAACCCAUAUUGUUGCUACAAUGCCAUUACGUCAGAUAAAUUCAAAGCUUAUUAUGAAAUAUAAUGGAUAUUCAAUGUUUGGUUUUGAAUACUGACAUCGCCCACUUAGAAAUAUCCAAUAAAUCCCAGUAUUUAAAUACAAACCCAAAAGUCUAA